AUGGCACGACAGAAGCAGGCGGCCCGCACCAAGAGGACAUCCGCCGAAGCCGGCCAAUGUGGUCCUUUGCCGGCUCAGUCUGACAGCAGCGCGCGGCGAAACGAGUUGCAGGCAGAGCCGGCUGCAGUAGGAGGCGAGAAGGUGCCGGAGAACGACCGGAAGAAGAGGACAGCCGCGGAGCACGGCGAAAAGAGCUGCAAGCGAACCGGGCAGCAGUUGGGGGCGAUGCUCCAGGACCCCUGCCAGGAAAAGGUGCUGACGGACGACCGGGAAAAGAGGACAGCCGCCGAAUACAGCGACAAGAACUGCAAGCGAAGCGUGCCGCAGCGGGUGCAGGCAGUCGAGGACCUUUACCGGGAGAAGGAUGGCAUCCGAAGAAAGUGCAAAGAGGCAGAGGACGGCCAGAGCCCUCAGUCUUUCGAUGUGGGUCGGAAGGUCACGUCACUAGCACCUGUCGGGGUCCAAGUGUCAAGGUCGCUGCGACAUGUGUUCGCAGGUAAGGCAGUUGGAACUCUGCACAGUCGGGCUGAUCCGCUCAUACGAUACGUGGCAUGGGCUGAUAGGCAUGCAGUCUUGGCAUUUCCAUUCAAGGAGGAUGACAUGUACGAGUUUGCUUGUGAGUGCGAACAUACAUGCUCGCCGAGUUUCCUCAAAAGCUUCCUGAGCGCGGUGACCUUUUGUUUCUUCAUUCUUGGAUCGGAGAGCGCUCAGGAGGCGAUGGCUAGCAUGAGAUUGAGUGGUGUGGCCAGGGCAUGCUACUUGACAAAGCGGAAGAGGGUCCAGCGCCCACCGUUGUCGACUGAGAUGGUACAGCGACUUGAGAGGUUUGUAGUUUCCCCCGAUGGGGAUCGCAUUGAUCGGUUCAUAGCUGGAUUCUUCUUGCUCUCGAUUUUUAUGAGGGCCAGGUAUUCUGAUACACAGAACAUGUACAAUGUCAGCGAGGACAAGCCGCAGGUCGACCCGUCUGGGCUUGGAGGCUACCUUCAGGCCGACAUCGCACGCAGCAAGACAUCUUACACCACUGAGAGGAAAACUCAGCUGCUGCCGAUGGUGUGUCCACGCAAGGGUAUCGCUGGCGAAGAUUGGUUCCAGGCGUGGUCCAUGCUGAGAAAGGAAUUGAACGUCCCUGUUGGAGAGGGGCUGCCCGUCCUGCCUGCGAUUUUGACCACCGGACACUGGGCUAGUCACCCUCCGAGUGCUUCGGUCGCUGCUGGAUGGUUGAGAAACGUGCUCCGCAAGUGCGGAUUUUCUGAGGCUCAGUGUUCCCCUAUUGGAACGCACUCAUGUAAAGCGACUUGUCUAUCUUGGUGUGCCAGAUUCGGCAUCGACAGCUAUGAUCAGAGAGUGUUGGGGUAUCACACGGCUCCGGGCGACCGCAGCGCCCAAGUAUACAGCCGCGAUGCCGUAUCAGCAUCGGUCAGGGUGCUCGAGAAAGUCCUCGCGGCCAUUAGGUCAGGGACUUUUGUUCCGGACAGUACCCGGAGCGGGUACUUCCCCACGAAGGACGACCCCAACGCCAGCUACGAUUACGAAGCUUCCUCAGAGGCGUCUCUUGAUGAAGAGGAUGCCGAGACCGAUUGUCAGGAGCUCGAGCGAGCGCUGGACGGGGUCGUGGAUGGUUGGUGUGAGGAAGUGCCUAAGCGCGAGUUGAAGGCAGAGCACUUGGUUCGCAAUCGGUCUUCACGCAUGCUGCACUUGAUUGCCGACGAGGGCGGAACUUCUUUAUCUUGCGGCAGGACAUGCACGAAGAACUACGAGAAGGUGGCAGCUGUUCCAUCGUUUCUGUACCCUGUGUGUGCCAGGUGCUUCAACUCUGUCAAAACAGAUUCCAGUGUCGAGCCUGCUGUUGGAGAGCAGGUUAAAGGGGAUCAGAGCUGA